UAUGGAAAUAAUUAAUGAAGCUGGAGGAGGAAGAUUUGGGAGAACAGGGCAGAACAGGACAAAUUAGCUCAAGGCCUCACCGGCAGUUUGAGCUGCUGCAAGAAUGACAGACAAGGAGGGGGCUCGUGGGCUGUAUCCCCAGCAAGAGCACUCCUGUGAGAUUUGCGGCAUGUGCGGACUGUCGGAUGAUGUUAUGAGGGAGCACACGAGAACAUGCCACGUGGAGGGCAGUGCUCAGUGUCCUUUCUGUGGUCUGAGUGGUGUUGCAGCAGCUGAAUUGCUGCUACACGUCAAUCAGGCUCAUCUGGACUACCUCACUCCUGAAAAUGAACUCAUGAGCUUCAUUGAUGACCAGAGUCCAAGUGUCGACGGGGAUUCGGAUUCUAUGUCUGAAUGCCGGGGAUUGUCACCGUCGAUAACAGCUGAACUUCCGACAAAUGGACUGUCUGGGAGUACUUCAGGUGGCUCCAAUCGAUGGUCAAAUGGUGGACACAUUGGCAAUUACAGUUCCUCAGGGAAUAAUUCUGUAAAAUCUGGUCUGGUGAAUCAUAUGACUAAUGGUACGAAUAACAAUAGGAAUUCUGGGAAUGGAGCUAUGCCAAAGGGGAGUUCUGGGGAGAAGGGUGGGAGUGGAAAAGGGAAGAACUGUGAUAGUGAAGAUGGGGCUUGUGCUGUUGCGCCCAAAGAGGCGGUCAAUGGGCUCGAUGUGACCAAUGGUGGUGGCCAAGGAUCUCCAUUGAGAUCUCAGCUUGGUCUUAAGCUCAAAACUCAUACUCCAGCCACAACCAAAGCCAGUCCACUGCAGUGCCCUCUAUGUCCCUACACCUCAGACAAUUCCACGGUGCUGGAGGAGCACAUAAAUCGCUCCCAUUUCGAUCCGCUCAGUCCGUCGGUCAAUAGUGCCGUGGCUGGAGCUUCCAGUGGAACUGAUUGCAGCACUCAGAGUGCUCUGCAGUGCCCAAUAUGCGUCAGGAGCUUCCAAUCGGUGUCUGACCUUGAGCUUCAUGUCAACAUUGAGCACAGGGAUAUCCUGUCGCCUGGGAAGAUUGAUCCCAAUGGGACUUGUGGCUCCAAGGAGGGCGUAAGUAAUGGUCAUUCUGAAAAUCUCUGUCCCAUCUGCAGUAUGAGCCUGGAAAAUAUGAAAACACAAGAGAUGGAAGUUCACAUUGACAGUCACUUUGUGAAGACACCUUUGGCUCCGUCAUCGGAGUCGGAUCUCGAGAAGCAGGCUCAGAAGUUGCGGGAACAGCGGGAAUUUGAGAUGCUACGAGCACAAUAUGGGAUGGAUGAUCAGGGAAAUUUCCGGGAGCAAUCGGCCGCAGCGAUGCAGAGGGCAGUUUAUGCUGGUGAAAUGAGCGUAGCGGAUUACUAUGAGAGGCAGGUGGGAUUGAGGGCAGCAGAAUCUCAUGGGAUUGACGAUGGGACUUCCUGUACGAAAUCUGUCGCUCCGAGAGUUCUUUCGCUCUCAUCAUCGUCUCCGGGCGUCAUAAAAUCACUCGUGUGUUCAGCUGUCGAUCACUAUGCUUCGAGCUAUGGGGACAAGGGAUGGGGAUGUGGCUAUAGAAAUCUUCAAAUGCUCCUUUCGUCACUCCUUCAGAAUACAACGUACAAUGAAGCUUUAUACUCCGCAUGGGGUAAUCAGGGACCUUCCCGGACGGCCAUGCCUAGCAUUUCACGAUUACAGGUAAUGGUGGAGGCAGCCUGGAAUCAGGGAUUUGAUGUGCAGGGCUCAGAAUCACUGGGAUGCAAGUUGCAGAAUACGAGAAAAUGGAUUGGGGCCACGGAGGUGUUUACAGUGUUGUCUUGGUUGCGUAUCAAUUGCCACUUUGUGGACUUCCAUCGACCAACGUCGUCGGAUGGACGGCAUCCCGAAUUAUUCAAUUGGGUGCUCAAGUACUUCGAAGAGCCACGAGUACAUACACCACCGCUCUACCUUCAGCAUCAAGGGCAUUCGAGAACCAUCAUUGGAAUUGAGCAGAGAGCCUCAGGACUGACUCUCCUGGUGCUGGAUCCGAGUCAUGGGCCACGAGAAGUUGCAGCUCUGGGCUCUUCGCAGGAUUCCCUGAGACUGAUUCGCCGAGGUCCGACCGCCAUGAGGGCUCAACGAUACCAAAUAGUCGCUGUGAUGGGUUUAAUCGAAACCAAGGAACAGUACCAGGCCAGUAAAGUAUUGCGUUCGAUACGAAUACCACCAGAUCGUUGACUUGAGUUCCAAUUGAGAAUCCUCAUUUAAUUCUUAUAGAAAAAAAACAAUGCAGUUCAAUUAUUUAGAGAAAAAAAGAAAUUCUUAAAAAUAUGACGAUAUGUUGGAGAUAAAAAAAUCAACUGUUAUACUAAAUAGUAUUUGAGAAAAAAAAGAAAUAGACAUAAAAUAAAAUUAAAGAAAAAAUACAUUAAA